CGAUUUCAUCAAACGACUUUUCUCGACAGUCAAAAGUUGCAUGGAAGCUUUCAGAGUUUACAAGGGUCCAAAGGUCUUUUGCUGUGCUGGCUGUUCCUCUUACUGGACAAUAGCUUUGUGGUUCCUGUUCAUAGAGAUUAAAACUAACAACUGUAAGCGCACUUGUAGUUUUCUUAAUGGUACAAGAAAUAGCUGCUUUGUUCCGUAUCCAGGGAAGAUUAUGGGCCAGCCACAGCAAUUUCUCCAUCUGUUGUGCUCGGUCUGCCUUGUGGCAAUAUUUACAAAGAAUAAUCAUGCUGUGGAAAAUGCACACGUCCGUAACUUAACUGCCACGCUUUUGGAUGUGAUCCCUUGUGGCAGCAGCAACUCAUCUGUUACUAGCCUUGUGGUUGAGAGGAAUCAGAUUACUUUGUCAAAUGAAGAUCGACAAGCCCUGGCCAGUUAUCCUCAACUUUUGGAGCUCCACCUGGAUCUUAACCAGCCUCGUACGAGAGUCUUUCUAUGGCCUGGAAGCGCUCAGAAUGCUAAACCUGUCCCACAACCUGCUGACAAGUCUGCCUGCAAAGAUAUUCAGCGAGUUUAAUAAUCUACAGGUGGUAGACCUUCAGGGCAACCCAUGGAAUUGCUCGUGCCACUUGCUGAGCAGCAUUGAAGAAAUACGAGCAGCAGGAGUCGCCAUUGCAGGGCAAAACACAAAAUGUGCGUCACCACGGCAACAGGCCGGAAUGAAUGUUUUGGAGGCUGAGUGCCAUCCAACAGCAGCAUCUUCCUCAACAGUGGAUCCUCAAAAUUCAACAUCAGGCACCAUGGAGCCAUCCAAGAAGCCAGAAGUUUUGCUGACCAUCAACCCAGACUACAGCAACCAAAUGCCUGCGUCGGGGAACACUUGGAAAUUUGUGGCGUGUGUCGUGGCCUUGGCGCUGACAACAUCCAUGUUGGUGGUGUGUGCCAUCAAAGGCCCCUCCUGGUACCGGCUCUUCCACAAUUACAGACAUAGACGACUGCAGCAAGAAGAGAACCAAGAGGACCGCCCAGCUUCAAGCAUCUACUCAGAGACGGGGAGAUGCAUGACCCACCAGACCAUCACCUUCGAGAACAAUAGGGCUGAGGGCGAGGAGGAUGUGCACUACUUUGAGGAUCCUUACAUCAAGGCAGGGGAGUAACUGAAAUAAAGGCCACAAUGGGCCACUUGGAAAUUUUAUAGCAUCACAAAAGAGCAAUAAAAUAUGAUUAUUACUUUUAUUCAAUUUCUUAUUUUUAAUGUCAUUUUUUUAAUGACAUUAAAAUGAUUCACUGGUAUUUUAUAGGUGUUUUGUAGUAGUUGAUA